ACGUGACGCGUCACCGGAAGUGACGCGCCAGGCAGGCAGGAAGUGACCACAAAGCACCGCCGCCGUUCGGGAGGAGACUGUGAUGGAGAAAUGGAGCGUCCCAGAAAUACUUGCAGACUGACACUCUACCUCACCUGCCAUAAUGAUGGAACUUGAUGAUCUGCAGCUGCCCCGGCUUUAUCCCUUUCACUCUUCCCUAAACUGUGCAGUCAGACACAAGUGGCCUGUACUGCAUAUGCACCUCAUUGAUGAGCUAGAAAUUGGUCCAGAACCAUUUUCAAAACUGAGCAGUCCGGAACAGGUAGCUCAUGAGCAAGAGAGACUCCUACCACAAACCAUGAAAGUCAAAGCUACUGAGCUCAUUCAGUCAUCAGAACUUGUCGACUGUACUGGGAACCAAGACUCUAGAAAACGAUUUGUUUCAAAUUCUGAUGUAAUGUUGGAUGCUUUGGAGAGAGUGGGCCCAAUGGAAAUCCCUAAUUCUUCUCCGAGAUUGCUACUCCAGGAGUCUACUGAAACUUCAGCCCUGCAGAUGACCGCAGACCUCCUUGAAAUGACUAUCCAUCCAGACUUUCCUACCCGGCUGCGUAUAGAAGAUGAGCAGACUGUGAUAGAUUCUUUGCCCAAGCUGACUGAUAAAGCUGCAGGUAUGGAAGCCAUGGGCAGUGGGGAAGUUUUACAUUCAGAGCAGAGUCAAAAAUUGAGUAAUCUGCAACCUGCAACUAACAGAAAUGAGUCUCCAGAUUUAGGAAAACCUGAGUCUAUUGGGGAGAUUUCAGAAAUGUGCAGUGUAAUGGUGGCUGUAAAGCCCCAGACCUCAUCUGACUGGACUCCUGAAGGACGUGUUUAUGGAGAAAGUUCUGCUUUUAUGCCCAUGAGCCGUCUGUGUCGAGCCUACAAGACAGAUGAGGGAAAAUCCUUAAUGUGCCUUGAGGAUACACACUUUCCAUUUCUUUGUUCAUCUCAUGCUUUGACAAAGACAAACUCUGAACAUCUUGAUUCUGCAGAAGGCUCCGUAAAGGAUGAAGAAAUGUUUGUUUGCAAAGAGUCUGAGUUUCCUUCAACUAAUGAAGUUAAUGAAUCGCAUUUCCUUUCAACAAGACUAGAUACGAGUACAGCUGUUGAUGGUCCACAUUCACUUAAGGAGAACGUCUUGCAACAUUCUGUGCCAAGGGAAAGGUGCUUGAGUAUAGUUCCUGCCCAUCAAGAAAUGAAGAUUGCCUCAUCUGACAAAAAACAAGAAAAGCACCAUUCAGACACACACAUUUCCAUAAGACACUUUGUACAGAAUGUGGAAGAUAUUAAUUCAUCAGAUAGCUUAGAGACUGAUUCUGUGUCAUGUAUUAAACCUUUGCUUGAAACAGAGAGUAAAGCAACAGAGAACUCAGAAGAGGCACUAUCAUGGAAACCAAACCUUCCACCAUGUCCUGAACAUUUGUUAGGUGCCAAAUCACUUGACACACAAAAAUGUUCUUUAUCUUUUUGUGCAAAUGAAUGUAACGUUCCCCUCAAUAGAGACUCUGACGAUUGUCAUAAAAGCCUCAUUUGUCCCAACAAAUUGGAGGACAGUUUAGACAAGUGUCCACUUACUGACUUCAGUUUAACAGCUCCUCUCAUAAGGAUAUGUUCUGAGCCUCCACGCAGAGAAACUACAAGCAACUUUUUUUCCAUAAAUUGCAAAGAAAUAUCUACUGUUGGCUGUGUGAAUUCUGAUUCUAUAGGUCAGGAGCAGGACUCUACAAUGGGAGAACAGUCUGUCAUGAUGGCUGUCCCUUCUCUUGAAAUUGAGGACAUUUAUAAAAACGCUGGCAUUGCAGAUGAAACCUCCAAAUCUUUUCGUACGACUUCGCUGGAAACAUAUGACUCCGUCGCACAGAAUAAUAAGAAUGAAACUAGGACAUUUGUUACCUGCUCUUCUACACAGACACAGGGACCACCUGAUAUGACACCUGCAGUCGAAGAUUACAUAAUCACACCUCCCAAGAUUGGAGACCCUCAGUCUUUGAGUAGAGAAAAGGACUCAAAUAAGAUAUCAAAAAUGAAAAAGUAUGAUUCAUGCACUGAUAAUCCUAAUGACCCCAAUAAACAAGACCAGUCUGUGGUUUCCAGUCUCAUCCAGCCAAAUGCUUCAGUAGCACUUAAAGAAAUAAACUUGAAAUCUGGUUACUUGAAAGUGCCUUGUCAGACGGUACACAGCUAUCCUCUUGAAGUUGUACCUCAGCGUGCACUUGUACCAUAUGUCAAUAUUUUCAGUUUUCUAGCAAAGACAGAAGUACCUGCUAUAAUGUCCUCUGACCUUGAAAAUAUGAGUAUCAGCAAAGUGGAAUCCCAGGAACCGAUGUUUGAUACAGAAACCUUAACAAGUAAGAUGAAAGAAAGCAUAAUGGAUGAAGCUCGGACAGAUCUGGAAACAGAAAGUGUUCAAGUCUCUGAUGAUAACCCCAAAGAAAUAGAGUACCUGUACACAGGCUGUGAUGGUAAGGAUAGGUUAUUUGAAUGCAGUGCAAAAUGUGAACAACAUAAGCAAGUAAUACACACUUCCAGUCAGCUGGACAAAAUAAUGGGACCUCUUAUUGAAUGCGCUGAGGCAAAAUGUAAUGACCUGCCAGGUCCUUUUCCUAAUUGCUCUGCUAAUAGUCACAGUAAGGAAGUGUCUGAUGUGGAAACAUCUGGUGUAGUGUCCAUUCUUAACCAGUCAAAAUGCAUUUGUUCUUUUAAUUUGGGUACAUUAUCUGACAGUUUUGUGCCUCUAGAGGUGAGUAACCCAUUUCUACUCUCUUCGACAGCAGUAGUCCGCAGUGUAAAUGACUCCAAAUAUAGUAAACAGACAACUGAGUGCUCUUUGCAGAAAGAGGAAGAUAUGGCCCAUACUUCGUCCAGCAGCCACAGUGCGCAAAGUACUGCCUUAUCGGUGUAUGCAUCGUCCUCUUCCUUGCCCGUGUCUGCUGUGGUACAGACUGAGAACACAAAUAGGGAGGAAAAAGUUAGUAAGAACUUUACGGCCAUGUUAAAGUAUGUUGUUGAUCAUUCGUAUUCUUCAGUGCCAGUACUGGAUGAGAAAAGCAAACAAUUUCCACUCAUAGAAAGUAAGGUAUUUAGUUCAAGACCUGACAUCUCUAAUGAAAAACCAGAAUCUUCAAAUACUAUGGAGUCCUCUUCACCACCAAAUACAAGUUCAACAAAAAGUAUGCAGGCAAUUGUUCCAAAUGAUAUCCAACCUGUGUUUACAUUACUCAUGGAGGAUUCUAUGAAAUUUGAGAAAAAGUCCACCCCUGUAAAAGCACCUGGUGUAAUUAGACGUAAAAGGAUUCUUGUCAAGACACAGAAAAAUGUAUAUACUUCGGAAAUGAAAAUGCAUGACAGGUCACUGUCAAUACAUGAUCACCAGUAUCUUGGCGUGGUAACCAAUGAGAGUCCAAUACAAUCUGCAUGUUAUAUGAAAGUGGUCACUGGUGGAACUGGAAGCAUUGAAAAAUCUAAGACGAGACCUGCACCACAAAGCCUUACUUGCUCCCAAUCACAGAUGGCGAAAAGACCAAAGAUUUGCAAUGAAAACUGUGUCCAGCCUGCCAGUUCAAACUUGCUCAGUGACCUCAACUGUUUUUCUCAUAAUACACAGAAUUACUUUCCUCCUCCACCAAGACAAUCCUGUAAGAGACGACCUCCAAGCACCCUCAGAAACAGCUCUCAGGUCACCAUGGGCAUCCCUGUGAAAAAACAGCCAAGCAGACAAUGUAAGAGCCUUUCAGUCCAAGGUAGCAUGAUAACAAGUAAAAAGACUGUAAAGAAUUUUGACCAUUUUGAAGCACACACCUCACCUACUAUCAGUCUUGACUACAGACCCUUGCCAUCUAAACAUCUAGUUUCUAAUCUGACUACAAAGCCUCAUUAUCCUAAAGUGACCGAGAGAAGUAUGGUUACUAGGUUCAAGAAGCCUAUGGUUUUGCAAAAAUAUACCCAGGAUCAAAUGUUGCUGCACCAAUUAUCUACAAUUGCCAAUAAACUAAUGGCCCCAAGCAGGAAUUCUUGUAAGUUAAAGCCUUCCCCUAGCAAUUUGAAAGUUGCUCCUCUUGGAGUUGUGCAGCUACAGGCCAGGAAGUUGCUAAAUGUUUUUUCCUGUGUUAACAUGAAAAUAAGUUCCCAGUCAGGACAAAUGUGGUCAGAAAAUGUGUGCCUUAAAUCUAGUCGAGACCAUCUUCUUUCCCAGUCUAUGGAUCUUUAUCCUGCAUCUCUCCCAAAGGUUUGCUUUAGUAAUGCAUCUGACCCCUUAUGCCCAUAUGAUACUUCAACAUUCCCAGUUUCUUUUCACUUAAAUGUAGAUCCUAGUUACUUGGCAGACUUGAUAAAGUUCAAUCCCCCAGACUAUAUGUUCAAAAGCCCACUACCUACCACUCAGUCAUCCCAACUAUCUGAAUGGACACUAUCCCUUUUUCUCUCCUCACACAUGCCUGCUGCCUUUGAGAAUGUUCAUCUCCUCACCCAGUGGAACCCACACUUCAGGUCUUUAAAAUCAUCAAGUUCAGAUUCCAGCUGUAGAAGUAAAUCUGCAAGAACUUCUGGAUGCUCCAUGCUUGGCCUUCACACAGUACUUGCGCUUUCAUCUCCUGGAUGUUAUAGAUUAUGGACUAGGAAAAGGAAUUUGGGAAGUAGAAUACCCACAAUACAAAAACUUUCUGUGACGCAAUUUGCACAUGGACUGAUAGGCUUACCAGCACAAUUUUCACAGAAAAAAGAAGUAUUCUCUUCUCUUCCCUUCUCUAUGGGCCGCAUUUUAUCAACUUGGAGUCGCCAUGGGUCGUCUGCUUUAUCUGCUGUUUGUACCACACCCCAUCCACACUGCAAUUUAUGGCUGCCUAGCCAGAGCUUCGACACCAGAAGGAGGCCAGGUUCAUUGCUCAGUGUUCCUCAAAUGCCUGUGGAUACCGUGCCUCCAUGGCUUUCAUACACUGCAGCAGUUCAGAACCUUACUUCUCCUUCUUUUGUACCGACGAUCUGCCAUCAUGUAGAGCUAGGGCUUCCCUUUUGUCCGCCAUCUUUGCAAGACUGUGAUCGAAGGUUAUCAAGCUGUUUUGAUACUCAUCAAGAAGAUGUUCUAGGACCUUCCUUUGCUACUUCCACUCGGCAAGAAGAUAAUUUAUGCCAGCCAUUUGGCUUGUCCGCUCGGCAGGAUGAUGGUCUAGAACUUCCUUGUGUGUUGUCACCUAGGGCUCAGGCAUGUCCAUUCCAGCAGCGAGAGGCUCUGAGCAGUCCAUGUGGAAGAAUCCAUAACAGCAGCCAGGGAAAUGAGGCAAGUAUUAAACUUCACAGAUCCGUUACCCUCACUGAGAAGGGGAUCCUAAUCCCAGGAUGCUUACAGGUCGAUGAGAAAUGUUAUAAGCUAUGGCCAGUGAGGAUGAGUUUCACUACAGUCCUGAAAGAAGACUUGGAACGGAAACCUCAGAGAGUCUCUCAGAUUCGUAUCCGAAAAACUGUUCCCAAACCAGAUCCAUACCUUACACCGAUGGGUCUCCCAAAGACGAAGAGAUUAAAUAAGAAAGAAUUCAGCCUGGAAGACAUUUACACCAACAAGAAUUACAAGUCACCCCCACCAGUGAGGAGUCUUGAAACAAUAUUUGAAGAGCCCCAAGAGAAGAAUGGGAUAUUAAUUUCUGUUUCCCAGCAAAAAAAGAAACGUAUCUUGGAGUUCCAAGACUGUACAGCCCCCAGGAAGAAGAGAGCAAAGGGCAGAGUAAAAGUUAUGACUAGCUGCAAGCGGGGGCGGAAAGCUGCCAUGCAGGGACUACAACUGGAUGCACUUCUGUCACAGAAACUGAUGGACCUAGAAAACUAUUUGUUAGAAGAGGAAUCCCAGGACAGAGGUUCAGCAGCUGAUGAGAUAUUAAGUUAAUGAGUUGGAUUGAGUAUCACUAAUUCUGUACGUUUACAAUAAGGAAUUGGUUUUAGAUUUGUCGCAGAAAUCUUCACAGAAUAUUAUGGUCUUUGAUGGAGGAUCCAGAAUAUGGGACUUGCAGGUUCCUGAUAGGACAUGGCUUCUUCUGAAUAAUCAGUGAUGGUCACAGCAAACCCAUCUAAGCCCUGGAAAGUGAAGGAGCGAAUCAAUGCACUUAUUUAGAAUGUGUGUUUGUAUAUACUUUUUAAUGUAAAAGAAAACAGAUUUUAGCAUAUGAAAUAUCAUGUUGUAAUCGGAUAAAUAAGCUGGUUUAUUGCUGUGACAGGAUUGUGCUUCCUCGUCUGUACUAAAUUGCUCAUUUAUUGAGCCUUCACUGUUGGUGUUUUAGACCUUGAGUAGUAGUAAAUGCUAAUAUUAUGUUCCUACCAAUACCUCCAGCACCGGUCCAAGCAUAGUCCACACAAGUACACUAGGUUCCUGAAAUGUACUACUCUGCUUUACAAUAGUGCAUGCAACACAGCCAACAUUGAAGUAUCACUAUGGUAUUGAAAUCCUGUACUACAGUUUGCACUGUACCUGGUGCCUUGCUAGGGGCCGUGAGAGCACUGUUCUACAUUUGGUGUAUAAAGCUUUCAUCUACUUCACUGCUUGUGACUAUAGUUCCUGGGCACACACUAACAUGUUUAAUUACUGGUACAGUUUAGAUCCAGGUAUAGAGAACAGCUUUGAUGCAGUAUACUUAUGCCAGGCUCACAUUAUGUAAUGGGUAUAUUUAGUUACUGGAAUUAUGUUUCCAUCCACACACUGCAAUUCUUUAACAGUGUGCGAACGUCACUGGCUGCUUGAGUGAGUGUUAUCAACAUCUGCUUGGUAGUGAUAAAGUAGCGUGUGCUCUUGGCGUGUUCUCUGGACACGGCAAUUUCUGUGAAUUUGAGAUAAGUCUGUUUUGUUUUUGUCUUUUUAAAUUAUACAACUUUAAUAAAUACCAGUUGCUGUUAAACAAGAGAAUAAGAUGUGAUGAUUUAUACAAACUGCUGUGAUAUGAU